AUGGCGGCGGUGGAUGCACGUGAGCGUGCCCUUCCUUCGGUGCCGAAGUUCUUGCGGGGUGAGAGUGAUGAAGUGCUCUUUGAUCUUCGCCAACUGAUCAAGGACGUUCGCACAGAGCCUUCCAUCGUGGCCAAAGCCAGAACGGGCUCAGUCAUUGCGUACCCUCAGGAGAAGGGUGACAUGAAUGAGCGAACUAUCAAGGCCAAUCUCGAUCUCCUUGAGGUGUAUUCUACAUAUGUGAAGAAGUACCCUCACCUCUUCCUGAAGUCUGUUCCCUUGCACAGGGUGAUCCUGAAUGACUGUGCACGCUGGUGGAAGAACUAUCUUGAGCCACCUUGUGACUACAAAAUCGCCAAGGUGGAUGGCAAGGCCAUGAAAUCCAUGCUGCUCACCCUUCGCCGCUUGCGCUACCGGGCAGACAGGCAGAGAGAUCUCGAGGAUACGAUAUUUGGUGUGCCAGAGGGUCGGGAUGAUGGAGAGAAUGAUGCAGAGGAGGCCGAAGAAGCUUCGGACGUGGAGGAGGAGGAUGAAGAUUUGGAGGCCUACAUGGACGCCCACGAUGAAGAUUUGGAGGCCUACUCACCAAGUGCUGCAGGCAUCGUGGAAAGGUUCAGCCCUGGGUCUGCUGUGGACCACAGUGACCACAGCGAGAUGGCAGUGGUUGGCGGGCCUGCUGUGGACCACAGCGAGAUGGCAGUGCCUGCCAUGGAGGGCAGGCCUGUGGCGAUCAUUGACUUGGAGGACUCUCCUGGCCCUGCUGUUGCAAGCUCUUCGCGUCUGCCUGCUCCCAGCGUAAGGCCCCAGGAUAUCUUGAAGCGAGUCAAGGAGAGAAUGCAGGUGAAGAGGCAGCCGCCUUGCACUUUGGAUACCCAAGUAAUUCCGGAGGCCGAGAUGGCUGCAGCAGCGCAUCUCCUGAUGCAGAUGCCUUCUUCGGAGGUGCUCUCCGUGCAUGGUAGUCCUGUGGUGGAGUCACGCGCGCCAAGUCUCAAUCGUGGUGGUCUGCUGGUGUGCAGUCCGGAGGAUGACACGCAUUUUCCUGAGACCCAGGUGGAUGUUGACAUGGUGGAUGGCCAAGUGGCCCCGUCUGUUGUUGCGGUUGAGCCAGCGUCUCAGGCUGGCCAAGGCCUCCGCCGCAACUUGACUGGCUUGUUUGAAGAGGUGGCUGAUGAAUGCCAUGUGGACCCGUCCCCCAUCGGUGCAGAGCAGGAGCUGCAGGAGCCCGACCUGUGUUUCAUGGACGUAGAGCACGACCGAAAGGACACCUACCCGUUUGAGCAGGAGCUGCAAGACCCGUGCGGCCCGACCCCCAUCCAUGCAGAGCAGGAGCUGCCGGAGACCGAUCUGUGCCCCAUCCACGCAGAGCAGAAGCUGCCGGAGACCGACCUGUGCGAGAAGGAGCAGCAGGAGAACGAUUUGGCUUCUAUCCCUUCCAUUGAUGCAAGCUUCACGCGCAAGGACCAGCGCAGGAUGAAGAAGACAAAGGUUGCGGAGCAGAGGCGCCGCAAGAUCAAUCAUGCGCCCGGGGAGGCUCAUGAGGGCCAGGAGGAAGAGGAUGAUGCUGAGGCAGUCUCUUCUGAGCAGCGUGGUCGUGGCCGUGGCGGUCGCGGCCGGGGUGGUGGAGGCCGGGGUGCUCGAGGCCGGGGUGGUCGAGGCUCCGGCGGUGGAGGCCGAAAGCGUGGGCGAUCACGUUCCCAGAGUGCGGAGUCCGAGCCGCAGGUCUUGCGGCGACCAGCUGCCAAGUCCCUUGCAAAGCCUUCGAAGCCUCAGGACGCCAAGCGCAAAGCCCAGGCCAAUCCGAAGCCUGAGCCGAAACCAAAGAAGGCCAAAGUGGACGAGAGUGUGCGGAAGGCAUGCGAAGGGCAGGGGGUGGAUGAGGUCGUGACGUUUAUCUUGAGCGACAUCGAUGCCUUGAAGACCAAGACGGCCCUCAAGAUUUCCAAGCUUCCUGUGAUGCAGCGCAUUGAUGAAAUCCCCAUCCAGCACGAAUUGCGCUCAGAGUACAAGAAGAGCUUUGGUAGCAUAUGGACUCUGGACAAUUGCUCCAACUUCCGCCUUGAUCCCUACUGGACCCGAGGACAUUGUGGCCUCAAGUAUGCACCCUCCGGGAAGCACAUCCUACUUGCCAAGUACCCGUCUAUGCAGGCGAACAUUGCAUUUUGCAACAGUGUGGCAACCUGGCUGCAAUUUUGA